AUGUCAAACUACUGCGAAGAAGACGACGAAGGUUUUCACUUUGAUCCUGAUGACAACGAACUCAUCAAGGAUUAUCUUAUUCCGAAGCUAAGUGGCAAACCCUGUGAAGAUUUCAUAGUGAUGAAGAAUGUUUACGCAAAGGAGCCAUGGUUGCUUGACCAUAACAUGGAUCCUUUUUUCCAAAAGAACGAGUGGUACUACUUUGUGACAAGGACUCAAGUCUCCGAGAAGAACAUCGGUUGUGGUAAGAAGGUGAAGCGGAAGAUCACUGGAGACAAUAACGAUGGCAUCGACCGCGGAAACUGGAAGGCAGAUUCGAGCGAAGAUAUCAUCGACAAGAACACAGGGAAGACCAUUGGGACAAAGCAAACCCUAAGUUUCAAGAAAAUCAACAGCAACAACAAUAAGAAGCAGAAGAGAGGAGGUGUAUAUGCUACCGGAAGGAGAAAACUUUCAAGAGCUAGUCCUCUGCAAGAUUAA